AUGCAGUUUCUCAAUUUUUCCUGAAGGCACUUUCAUAAAAAGAUAUUUCAUUUAAUAUCCUAGUAUUCCUACAAGUAUUUUGUACAAGUGCUACACAUAGAAAACAGUCAGCUGUGGAUAGCUUUUUAUCAGUUUUCCUCUUUUUUCCCAGAAAAGUUAUUUCAAAAAGUAUUUUUUGGUUAAUAAAACAACCAAAUACAUAAGUAAAAUUGUUGUAAUCUCUUUUCUGAAGGCCCAAGCAUUUGUAAAGACAUUGACAGGUACCCCUCAUCUUUUGUUUAUAUCUAAAAAAUUCAGAACUGUAUGGACGUGACUGACUUUAAACUGACAAAAACGUUCUUCUCCAUCAUUUCGACAGCUCUGACCUGGAAUUCUACAUCAGCAUGUCCACCCACGUUCCUUGCAAUUUUACUCUGGAGAAAUAUGCAUGUGCACAGAAUUUUGCAGCUAAUCAGCUGGCUUCCCUCCUGAGAUGUGAUCUGCCCAGAAACAGCAGCCGCUCCAGAGUGUUGUGGAAAUUGCUGCUCACUAAACUCUCCAAUGUCUUGGAUCCAGCACUGGACCUGUUGGCUGGCAUGUCUAUGGUCAGUCCAUCAGCACCUGAGAUUUUGGAUGUCAUUGGAGAGAUGAGGCUCUUCCUGCUAACUAAUGAACAGCUGAUGGACAGCAAUGUGAUCAAGUUGUGGUUCUCAGAGCGUUUAAGUGGCUUCCUGCCGUCUGCCUCAGAAAUGUUCCUGCUGUGUCUGAGCAGCCGGAACCUCAGCUGUCAGUCGUACCAUCAGAUAGUGCAGGUGUUUAGUCGUCAGUUCAGAGACAUGACAUUCCAACAGCAGCAAACAGUCUUGAGGGAUUUCAUCCUCCGUUUCCUGUCAGAACCUCACACAGGUCCAGGCUGUGUGUCUGCCUCCAAUAGCAGUGCACAGUGGCUGAGGGACAACCUUGGUUCUUUCUCGGAGCUUCUGUCUGUCAGCAAGAUGUUUGAUCUGAGCCCACAGUUCAAUCCUAUAGAGGCUCUGAGUGUCCUGAGUCCAAAGCAGAGUGCAGAGCUGCUGGUGCUGAAAUAUCCCACUCUGCCAAACACAGACGUCAUUAUCAACAAGCUCUUUGAUUAUUUCACUGAGUCUCCAAGAGAGAGGAAGUUUACAGAGUUCCUUUCAUUCCUUGUCGUGUUCUUGGAAAUGGGAAAUGUGUCCUGUCCAUCAUACAAGACAUUGUUCACCAGACUUGACAACACCUCAACCACAUCUUUUUUGGACUUUGCCUCAUCCAUAAUGGACACUAAACUGGCUUUAACCAACUACAUUCCAGCUGGUUGUAUCAUAUACAGCGGACAGAAUUGCAAUGUUAUCACUACAAAUGAGGCAGACAUCUGUACUGGAGUGAACAGCACAGAGCUUCAGCUCCAACUAGACAUUGGAAAGAUGAAUGGACGGUUCUGUGACUUUCCUUUGGAGGAAUUUGCUUGUGCCUCUCUCUCAGCGUUAAGAGCAGAGGACCUGGCAGCAGUGAUGAAGUGUGGUCGAUCCUCCAGCUUAAAUGAGUCCAAACCUGUCUGGAAACUUCUCCUGGUCAAAUCAACCAGAGUGCUGGAUGAAGCUCUAGAUCGUCUAGCAAACACAACCUUUGACCCCAGCAGUCCCUCAGUGUCUGUGAUUCUGGACAGCAUUAGAGAAAUCCGACUGGACCUGUUCAGCACCGACGCCCUGAACAAUCCCUUCAUGUUGCAGCUGUGGUUCAACAGACGUUUUCAUCCAUUCUUACCAGCAGUUUCCACUGAUUUCCUCUCAUGUCUGGCAACAAAAGAACUGCAGUGCAGCUCCUUCCAGUUUAUCUUGCAGAGUUUGAGUCUGGCCCAAACACAGAUGAGUCCAUCCACUCAGAUGUCUGUGUACACAGACCUAAUCCAGGUUUACCUGAGCAGGAAUGAUACAGCAGGUAAGAAUCUUUAUUUGAAAAAAUGCGUGUUGCUAAUACUGUAAUGCACAUGAAAAACAAAACAAUUUAUUAAAGAAAAUGAAAAGAAAAACUUUUUUUUUUGAAUAAACUUUGUCAAUUGUGGAGUGAAACUUAACAAGUGCUGUUUUUAAUCUUUUUUAAAUAAAUGUGUGGUUUUAUUGAUCUUUUAUAAUCUUCUAAGGUGCGCUGCUGGUUAAAAAAAAAGGAAUACAAUUAUUUAAAGCUAAAAAUGAUAAAUGAUUUAUCUCAGUUUUUUAAAGAAAAUCUACUGUACACAUUUAGAUUUUAUAAGAUUUCAGUAUUUCUAACAAUUGUUUGCACUCAUGCUUCACAACAAGAAGGUCCUGAACCAACAAGAACCACAAAAAGAAUCUUAUGUUAUCUAAGAAGUGAUGAAAGACCUCCACUGGUUAAAAUGUCCAUACUUACUUGGCUAAUUACAUAAAAAUGCUGUUCCACAGACUGAAGACAUGCUAAUAUAGAAACAUUUAGCUUUUAAAAGGUUAUACACUGUAUUUUUCAAGUAUUUACUGUCUUUUCAAGAAUUUGAUAUUAGAAUUUUAAACUAUAUGAAAAUAAUAUGUGUCUGCAUUUUUCUGUGUUCUAGGUUGUGUGUCUGCUUCCAUCAGCAGUGCACAGUGGUUGAGGAUCAACCUGGGUUCCUUCUCUGAGUUUGCCUCAGUCAGCGAGCUGUUCAAUCUCUACCCACAGUUCAAUCCUAUAGAGGCUCUGAGUGUCCUGAGUCCAAAGCAGAGUGCAGAGCUGCUGGUGCUGAAAUAUCCCACUCUGCCAAACACAGACGUCAUUAUCAACAAGCUCUUUGAUUAUUUCACUGAGUCUCCAAGAGAGAGGAAGUUUACAGAGUUCCUGUCAUUCCUUGUCGUGUUCUUGGAAAUGGGAACUCUUUCCUGCACAUCAUACAAAACACUAUUUACCCAACUUGACUUUAUUGAAGCCACAGCUUCACUUGACGUUGCUUCGUUUAUUCCAAGCGUCAGAGCAAACUUAUCCAAGAACAUCAUACCUGGUAUGAAGUUGACAUAAAGUGUGUCAUAACAUUACAUUGAUAUUUUGGUAAUUUAAUGGCAGUUUUUUGUUCUUUUUAAUUGACUAAUCCUUAGAUGUUUGGCAGAUUUCUGUAGUGAUUAGUAAUUUGCUAACAUUAUUUUUUGUCACUUUUUCCUGUUACUUUAGGUUGUGCCAUAUUCAGUGGGCAGGUAAAUUGAUUUUUUUCAAUCAUUUCAAAUGUUUGUUUCAAUAAUCAAGGAUUGUUAUUCAUGUGUGGUUUUUUUCUCCAAAGUGCAAUGUUGUCACAGCAAAUGGUAAGUCUUUAAUUUCAUGUUAAAAGUCUGUUCUAAAUGGUUUCCUACCAACUGUUGCUUAAUUUUAACCACGUUUGAUUUCUGUUUUACAGAGUCGAAUGUCUGUGUUGGGGUAAACAGCACAGAGCUUCAGCUUCAGCUCAACAGUGGGAAGAUGGGAGGCCGUUUUUGUGACUUUUCUGUGGAGGAAUUUGCAUGUGCUUCUCUUUCAGCAUUAACUGCACAGGACUUGGCAGAGAUAAUGAAAUGUAAUCGAUCGUCCAGCUCAAGCGGGUCCACGCAAGUCUGGAGGCUUCUCCUCAAUAAAGCUUCUGGGGUGCUGGACGCAGCUCUGGAUCUUCUAACA